UAGAGAACUGACAUGGCGGAGUUUUUUGAAAGAAGUAAAAGUCGACAAAUUUGCGCAAUUACUUGAUAGAUACGGUCUUAAACACUAUAUCAUAGUGAUGCAAUAAACAUUUCAAUAUGGAGAAUAUAAUAGACCAGUGGAAUGACAAUGAUUUUAUGGGACUUAUGUUUUCUGGCUUCCGAAAAAAGGAAGUCAAUCCAAAGGGAUGGAAUCAAAAAAUGAAAUUUUGGAUUGGUGCAAUUGAAUCUACAAUGAGACACUCAAAUCAGUUUGUAUUUGAUGUAAAAGAUUUGCCACUAAAGUUUAAAAGAGAUGGAAAAUCCCCAUUAUGUCUACAAACAGUUCUCCAGGAGAUGCUCAGACAAGGUAAAAUCCUUCCAUCUGAUGAAUACCAGUCCAAAAUGCAGCAAGGUUGGGUAUCAUGGGGAUAUAACUCAUUUGUAAAGAAGCCAAUUUCUUGGGGACUUUCCUCAUUGAUGGGACCUGCAGCUACAACAUUACAAGGGCAGUUUGUCCUCGUUGACUUAGCCAAGGGCAAAUGUGAAGAUGUCCUUCAACAUCUCCGGAGUUCAAGUGAACACCAAGAAACUGAUGAUAUAUUCAAUAUGACACGUGUGAAAGACCUAUGUAGAGAUGUCUGUGAGGAUGGGGAAUCGUUGAAAUUGGUCUUGAAACAGUUGCAACAACAGAAUAAACUUGUCAUAUCGAUCAUACAAGAAAGAAAGGAUAAAGAAGCGAUAGUAAAGAUAGCCAAGGAAGGUGAGAGAAGUGUCUCCCCUGUGUCAGAGGUAGAUAAGGGAAUACUGAGGCUCCAGAAUACAGAAACCAAACUAGAAGAAGAAAUUGAAACAUUGUCAAAAGAUAUGGAAAGAUGCCGAACUGAUGCCAAGUUUUAUCUCGGUAAAGGACUGAGAAAUUCAGCCAAAAAUGCUUUGAGGCGGAAAAAACAAAUGGAAAACCUAAUGAUUAAACGUGAAAACGCCUUACAAAAUGUGCAGUCCCUCAUUGAAAAGAUUCGAGAGGCAGAAUCUCAAAAAAUGAUUCUUGAUGCCUAUGAAGCUGGUACAACUGCAUUUAAACACACUACAGCCAAACAUAACCUUUCUGUUGAGAGGAUUGAUGAUGUCAUGGAUGAACUUCAGGAGAUGAAUGACACUCAAGCAGAUAUCACUGAAGCUAUUUCAAGAGGACCAACUGAUCCCAAUGAAGUGUCAGUCACUGAGUUGGAGGAGGAGCUAGCAGAACUUAUAGCCAAUGAUGACAAAGAAAAUGAUUUUGCCAAAGAAUUAGAUGAACUAGGAGAUGCAAAUAAAAGCCUGAAUCUUCCUGAUGUGCCAGCGUUUGAACCCAUUCCUUCAAGAGAUACAGCUAAGCCUCAGAGAUUGCCAGAUAUACCAUCAUUCUAACACCCGAAUGUGAACAAUACUAUUUGUUUAUGGUAGUUUUGAAUUUUUAUACAUAUUGUUAUUUUACACAGUCAUAUUGUUAUAGUCUCUAACCUUUUUGUGGAUGG